UUUAACUAUAUUUUUAUAUAAAUGCCAUAACAAUAGUUCUUGGGAUGUGAUUUAAUCAAGAAUUGAACAUGGAAUGUUUGCAAAAGUUAGGUUGCAAAAUUCAACUUCGAAACUUUUCAAAAUCAUCUAUUUUGUUGCGCCAUAAACCUAAACCAGUCAGGGAUCCAAGUAAACGUCAGUUUACAGGUGAAAAAUUAGUUGAAAGACUAAAGAAAAAAGAAGCCGAUAUACAAGCUCAAAAGCCUUACAAAGAUGCUGUUGCUGCAGUUGUAGCACGUUUUCAGAGGGAACUGGCAGAAGAAGAGCGAAUUAAAAAUGACAUUCUUGGAGAAUUUGCUAAGAGAGAGAUGGAAGAAAGGGAAAAGGUUUUAAAUAACAUGGCAAUUGUCGCUAAGAGUAACGAGGAGCUUAGAAUAAAAAGAGAAGCAGAUAAAAAAGCAAAAGAAGAAGAGAAAAACUUGCUUGAAGAAGAGAAUAAACUGAAAGAAACUUUAAAACAAAAGGAGUUAUAUCACAAGAAUCGGGAUAUUGUUUUAAGAUUAAUUGAGGAGAGCAAAACCUUUGUGAAUUUAGAAAACUUAGAUGAUAAAAUAACGUUUGCGCUCGAAAACGAGACUUAUUAUAAUUAUGCAAUUACGCCUUUUGGAGAAAAAAUAAUCUCGCAGAAACCACCAGGUAAUUUGGGUGUGUGGAAAGGUCCCAGUCCUACGGCAUACAUCAUAGGAGGUAUCAAACCAGGUAGUGCGGAAUGGAAGUCUGCGUUUGAAAAUACCGAAAGAACAUCAUAGUCAAUUAAAAAAAAAAUUUUAAUUAUUAAUCUAGUAAGAUUUUUUAUGAAAAAAACGCAAUUUUA